UGGUGUGCAAAUCGUGUUCGUGUUGACACGUCGAACCGUGUCUCCGACCUCCGCGAGGUGUGUGCUCGGUGUGUGCCCCGUCGCGCGAUUCCCGUCGCUAGUAAUGACGUUUAAUUGCGAUUCCUAACAUUGGCGCGAAGCGUUCACCGGUGCGGGACGGGCGCGCGACUACGAGCCCGAUGAUCCCGAUCGUCCCGCCGCUGCGCACGUACGGCGCGUCGUCGUAGAGCACUCGCCCGUUCUACGCGGCCGAGCGCGGAGGUUAGGAAAUCUCUGCGUGGCGACCCGACACGUUUUACGCUCGCGCGUAAAGCGUAAUCCGGUCCCGCUUCCUCUCGUUUUUCCGCGAGCGAAGGGACGCCGGCACGAGCGUUCGGCUCAAGCCGCGAGGCGGGGAGGCCGCUCGACCGAAACCACCAGGAAACAUCUGGACCGAGGGGGUGGGCGAUGCGAUGACCGUUGGCGAGGAUCGUUGAACCAGGGUCGAAUCUCGAUCGGCGCCACCACCCAGGAGGGAGAGAUCUCUCGCGGCAAUGGCGAAAUUCCGGAUGCUGCCGCGCACGUCGCGCAUCGUGGCCCUCUGCUCGGCCGCGAAUUUCAUCAACGCCGCGGACCGGGUCAUCAUGCCCAUCGCCAUCGUGCCGAUGACCGACGAGUUCAAGUGGAACCUGUACUGGCAGGGAUGGAUACUGUCAGCGUUCGCCUUCGGAUACUUCACUAGUCAGAUCAUCGGUGCGAGCACAGCGAGUCGUUUCGGCUGCAAGACGGUGCUCAUGCUAGCGGUCUUGCUGUGGUCCAUCAGCACGGUCAUCACGCCGUUGCUGGCACAGUCGGUGCCGUUACUCAUAUUCUGCAGGGUGGUUCUAGGCCUCGGAGAAGGAUUAGGCCUACCAGUGAUAUUUCACUUAUUUGCACACAAUGUUCCUGUGGAAGAAAGAUCACGCGCUUUCGGCUACCUAGUAGCUGCCGGUUCUGUUGGCCAAGUGGUCGCGUCUGUCAUAUGUCCGCACUUGGCAUGGCAAACGGGAUUUUACUUGUUUGGGACGAUAGGUAUCAUAUGGACUCUUUUGUGGCUGAUGCUGUACCAGGAAACUAAUUCUCAAGACGAGAUACCGUUAUUUGUUCCUAAAGUGGCUCAGAAUAGAAGUCUGCGUUGGACCGAGUUCAUUGCUCACUGGCCCCUGUGGGCUUUGUACAUAGCGCACUUUGCGAUGAACUGGAGCAAUUACAUAAUAAUGCAGUGGCUACCCACUUAUCUGGCGAGAAAUUUGUCUGCGAACAAGGAGAGCAUUAGCUUGACGGCUCUCCCUUAUGUCGUUAACUCUCUCAUUGGUAUUGUCGCUGGCCAUAGCGCUGAUACUUUGAUACAAAAGAGAUGGUCCGUUCUGUCUGUUAGAAGAUUGAUGACGAAUAUAGGCCUAAUAGGACCAGGUGCUUUUCUAUUAGCUUUUUGCGCUGUAGAUAAUCUGCUUGCUGCAGUCAUCUUUGUUUCGAUAUCUAUGGGCCUCUGCGCGUGCAACUCGGCCGGACAUCUGAGUAAUCACGCGGACAUAGCUCCGAAUCAUGCGGGAAUUACAUUUGCAGUUUCAAAUACGAUUGCAACAGUACCUGGCAUUCUCUGCGGACCAUUGACAGCCGAAUUGGUGACUGCCUCGCACGGUUGGUGGAUGCCGGUCUUCGUGCUGGCGGCGGCGAUUAACUUCACCGGGGCUAUAAUAUACCAAAGCCACAGUUCGGCGCUUCCAGUGUUGUGAUAUGCUCUAUCUCUCAUCCAGCGAUUAUUUGUUAUCGAAAAGAGUGAAGUGGUCAAGUGUUUGUCGAGGACAUUGCGGGGAGAUAUCUGUUUGCUUUGAGAUCACCGUGUGAACGGUGCUCAGAACGAGGUAGCUGUGAAUGUUUACAGGAAUCUUGGUGCGAUGCGUUCGCGGUCACAUCGCGUGUCGGCCAGUCGAAGACAUAUCAUAAUGCUUUAUUUAUAUCGUAGAUUAAAUUUUUAUCUUCUUUGAAUCGCGCGCGGCGAAGUGUGAUUUUUUGACAGAUGGUGCCAUAACGUAGAUGGAAUGGGAUUGGUUUGAAGGAACUCGGAGGAAAUCGGACAUACAAACACAUGAAACUCAUCGUACACCUUAAUUAAUAUAUACGUAUUGUAUUACUAAAAAAUUAGCGGAAAACAUUUUGUGAUAUGUUCUAAUAAAAAUUACAAAUUUUA